AUAAGUAGGUGAAGCUGUUCCGGGUUUAUGGAGAAUAAAGCUCCUGUUCUCAACGCGGUUCCGCCCUACGGACAUGUUAUUGCCAGCGAGAAAUGGAGAAACUCUUCCCUUAUUCAAAGCUUAAAAGGCGGUGGGGUGAAAAUCCUCUUUGAGCAGGAGCUCGGUGUGGCGGAUUUCCACCUGCCCAACAAAAGCUGCAUCCUGUACGUGUCCGAGUGCGACAUCGUGGCCGGAAACGGCUACAAGAGGAGACUGGUCCGCUACAGAAACACCAGCAGCAGCUUCCAGGAGCUGGUCUUGGUGGAGAACACCCGACUCAGCGAGCAGUACUUCUCCGCCGUGCAGAGGUUUGUAGUGUUGGACCUGGGUCUGACUCUGCUGCCGGUCGGGGGGCAGACCGAAGCCUCGCAGCUCAUCGCCCAAAUUGUCCACGGGGAGGACAGAGAGAACCCCUUCAGAAGGAGGAGUUCGUCUCGGCUGCUGGACCCGCUGGUCCUGGCUGUGGUCCAGCGGGUCCCCGGGGUCGGCAGGGUCAAAGCUCUGGCCCUGCUGCAGCAGUUCUCCAGCAUCCAGCAGCUCUGCAACGCGGCCCCCGCAGACCUGGAGCCCAUCGUGGGUCAGGCUGCUGCUCAGCAAAUCCACAGCUUCUUCCACUGACCCAGCACUGGGAACUGAAGGCUGGACCGGAAGGUGUGGAUUUAAUGCCGAUACGUUUACUCACAUAGAUUUUAUUAGUUAACGAUUGGGUAAAGGACUCUAACUUAGGGCUGGGGAGUA